CACCUCCAUGAAAAUGAAUUUCAUUGGCUGCCAAGAAUUGAUCGAGUUGAAUAAGUAAGACACAUAUUUUUUCUUUUGGAGUUGGUGCCCAAGAUAACUACACAAUGGGCAAGUUUAUGAAGUCAGGCAAAGUCGUGCUUGUACUGGGUGGAAAGUAUGCUGGCAGAAAAGCCAUCAUUGUAAAGAAUUAUGAUGAUGGUACACAAGAUCGUCCCUAUGGUCAUGCUUUGGUAGCUGGUAUUGACAAAUACCCAUUGAAAGUUACUAAGCCUAUGGGUAAAAAGCGUACAAAUAAACGAUCAAAAAUUAAGUCGUUUGUGAAAGUAGUCAAUUAUAACCACCUGAUGCCUACAAGAUACUCCGUAGAUGUUCAAUUGAACAAAUCUCAUGUGAAUAAAGAUAUAUUAAAAGACGGUAGCAAAAGACGUCGUGCUAAGACGGAAAUAAAAGCAAAAUUAGAAGAAAGGUACAAGAGCGGCAAAAACAAAUGGUUUUUCCAGAAGUUACGGUUCUAAUUUGAGAAUAAAAAUAAUUUCCCAAGAAA